CGCCGGAGCGGGCAGCGCGAGCCAUGGCGGAGCACGGCGGCCCCGGCAUCCCCAACGGCGAGUGCGCCGCCCGCCGCCCCGGCAACAGGGUCACCGUCGUGCUGGGCGCCCAGUGGGGCGACGAGGGUAAAGGCAAGGUGGUGGAUCUGCUAGCUCAGGACGCCGACAUCGUCUGCAGGUGCCAGGGAGGCAACAAUGCAGGGCAUACAGUUGUUGUGGAUGCUGUGGAAUAUGACUUUCAUCUUCUGCCAAGUGGGAUCAUCAAUCCAAAAGUCACUGCCUUCAUUGGAAAUGGUGUUGUAAUUCAUUUGCCAGGACUCUUUGAAGAAGCUGAAAAAAACUUAAAGAAAGGAAAAGGACUAGAAGGCUGGGAAAAGAGACUAAUAAUUUCUGACAGGGCUCAUAUUGUGUUUGAUUUUCACCAAGCUGCUGAUGGCAUCCAAGAACAACAGAGGCAAGAACAAGCAGGAAAGAAUCUGGGAACUACCAAAAAAGGAAUUGGUCCAGUAUAUUCUUCAAAGGCAGCUCGAAGUGGACUCAGAAUGUGCGAUCUUGUUUCUGAUUUUGAUGACUUUUCUGAGAGGUUCAAAGUGUUAGCCAAUCAGUACAAAGCAAUAUAUCCUACCUUAAAAAUAGAUAUUGAAGGGGAAUUGGAAAAGCUGAAGGGCUACAUGGAAAAAGUAAAACCAAUGGUAAGGGAUGGUGUUUAUUUCAUGUAUGAGGCUUUACAUGGACCACCAAAGAAGAUCUUAGUUGAAGGUGCAAAUGCAGCACUGCUGGACAUAGAUUUUGGCACAUAUCCUUUUGUGACUUCAUCAAACUGCACAGUUGGAGGUGUGUGCACAGGACUGGGCAUGCCGCCGCAGAACGUUGGGGAAGUGUACGGAGUGGUGAAAGCCUACACAACCAGGGUUGGAAUUGGUGCCUUUCCUACAGAACAGGAUAAUGAAAUUGGAGAAUUGCUGCAACAGAGAGGCAAAGAGUUUGGUGUUACCACUGGUAGGAAGAGAAGAUGUGGCUGGCUGGACCUUGUCUCACUCCGAUACGUCUAUAUGAUUAAUGGAUUUACUGCAUUGGCACUUACCAAAUUGGACAUCUUGGAUGUAUUUCCAGAAAUCAAAGUUGGUGUUGCAUACAAACUAGAUGGUGAAAGCAUACCUCAUUUUCCUGCCAGCCAUGAAGUCUUAAACAAAGUAGAGGUUCAGUAUAAGACACUCCCAGGAUGGGUUACAGACAUAUCAAAUGCCAGGACGUUUGAUGAUCUGCCUGUGAAUGCACAAAACUACGUUCGUUUUAUAGAAACGGAGUUGGGUGUUCCUGUUAAAUGGAUUGGAGUAGGGAAAUCCAGGGAAUCAAUGAUCCAGCUGUUUUAAAGAUUUCAGAUGCAUGGAAGAAAGCACACUCCUCAAAAGACUGCUCAUUCUUAAAUGCAUUAGUAGCCCGCAAAGCAAAGAUGUUGGAAAGAUAGAUUUUUGCAUGGGAAGAAAUGCUAGAGUUGAUACCCCCAGAUCAAUUGCUACUCCUGAAAGAGACUCUUAAUAUGAACCUGUAUCAAUUCCUGUUCAACUGCAAUUACCAGGACACUUCUCAUUGUUGUUCAAGGUGCCAUCAGAUUUUUUUUCUUUACCUACUAUUUACUUCAUAAUGUAAUUCCUGUUUGAAAGUCUAAGGUAGCAUUGCUUUCACGACUGUUUGUCUUUGUUAUCCUCUCUCUGCUUUUGGCGGUGUUACUUCCCUGAAAUUUUAGACAGUAAAAAUAAUGCAGUUUUGCACAAAUAGUUUUACAUCCUCAUUAUUUGUAUUCCUAAAGCUGUUGUAUUCUUAAUGACUGGUCUUGUGAGUGAUUAAAGAGGGGGAGUCUGAUUUUAUAAUGCUAUAAAUGCUGUCUAAAUUAUUGUGUGAUCUCUUUUUUAAAAGAAGAUGUGAUGCCAAGUUGUUAUGAAUGUCCAGGUUUUUUUAGCUGUAUAACACAGGAAACUUGUUCUUUGUAACUCACAGAGGAUACUCAAGUGUUUACCAGGAAGUGUGCCCAGAAAGUUAGAAAACUGAUAUUGUAAAAAAGUUCAUUUGCAAUUAUUAAAGAACCGUUCUGAUUUUGAGUUAAA